AUGUCUACUACACCUAUUCACCCCGCAGUCACCGUCUCUAAUAUCAAAACUUUCAUCCCCAUCACCCUAGAUGUUGAAUCUGGCCAUUACACCACUUGGUCAGAACUUUUUAAAAUUCAUUGUAAGGCUUUUCAAGUAUUUGAUCACAUUCAGUCUCCUGUUACCUCUACCUCUACCUCUACUUCUGACAAAAAUAAAGAUAAAGACAAAGACAAAACACCACCAACUGAAUCAUGGAAGCGUCUUGACUCCAUUGUCUUACAAUGGAUCUAUGGCACCAUCUCCACUGAUCUUCUUCACACCAUUUUAAAGACAGAAACCACCGCCUUUGACGUGUGGACUGCUCUUGCCAAUCUUUUCCAAGAUAAUAAGGCUACUCGUGCCAUUGAUCUCAACAACAAAUUUGCCACUACCCGAUUAGACCAAUUCAGCACUAUGUCGGCAUAUUGCCAAGCUAUGAAGCAAACCAAACCCCUGCCAAAUUUUUAUGAGACAAGAUCCAGGUUAUGCAUGACUGAAACUCGGAAAAACAAUCAAGCACGUCAAGCUGCUACCACUGCUGGCACUGCCCUUCUUACUGCUACUGAUUGCACCGAUACUCAAUCGCAGCGCCAAGAAUCUCGCACAGAACAAGCAGACUGCGGUAGCGGCCGUGGCCGUGGCAGAGGCCGUGGUAGGGGAAGGGGACGAGGUGCCUCUUCACGAGGUCGUGGUUCCUAUGGUUCCUCCCAACCCAAUCAUCAGAACUAUCAGAAUUGGGCUCCUCCCUAUGCUCCUUGGGUUGGCUCUCACACAACCUACUCACCUCAGCCAUGGGCCUCUUGGACUCCUUCCCCACCAUGUCCCUAUCCAUCUACAUCUAAGCCACCUUCUCCUGCCCCUGGGUUACUUGGUCCCCGCCCACCUCAAUCUUAUGCUGCUAGCUAUGCACCUACUGAUCUUGAUUAG